GGCGGCGGAGGGGCGGCAUGGAGCCCGCCGAGGGGCCGGGAGUGGUGGACUUCCACGGCGAUGAGGAGAUCAUCGAGGUGGUGGAGUUGGGCCCGCCCGGUCCGGAUGACCUGGCCGACGAGAUGGAGGACGUGGAUUUUGACGAGGCGGGAGAAGAGCCCGAUGCUGAGACGUGGGAGACGGAGGACGAGGAGGGCGGGGGGGACAGCAUGGAGCCGCAGGAUGACAGCGAGGUCACGUUCUCCCUGCACUCGGCUUCUGUUUUCUGCGUGAGCCUUGACCCUAAGACCAACACGCUGGCAGUGACGGGUGGGGAGGACGACAAGGCCUUUGUGUGGCGCGUGAGUGAUGGAGAGCUCCUGUUCGAAUGCACAGGGCACAAGGACUCAGUCACCUGUGCUGGCUUCAGUCAUGACUCUGUGUUUGUUGCCACUGGUGACAUGUCCGGGCUUAUCAAAGUAUGGCGGGUGGAAGCCAAGGAAGAAGUGUGGUCCUUUGAAGUGGGGGACUUGGAGUGGAUGGAGUGGCACCCUCAAGCCCACGUCCUUCUGGCAGGCACAGCGGAUGGCAACUCCUGGAUGUGGAAAAUCCCCAGCGGAGACUGCAAAACCUUCCAGGGCCCUGCGUGCCCAGCCACAUGUGGCAGGAUCCUGCCUGACGGGAAGAGAGCAGUGGUGGGGUACGAGGAUGGGACCAUGCGAAUCUGGGACCUGAAGCAGGGAACCUCACUGCAUGUCCUGAAAGGCCAGGAUGGCCAUCAGGACCCCUUGACGUGCUUGGCCAGCAAUCAGGACGGCAGUUUGAUCCUGACGGGCUCCGUGGACUGCAACGCCAAGCUGGUCAACUGCGCCACGGGCAAGGUGGUGUGCGUGUUCAAGAUGGAAAGCACGUCCCCCAAGGCCCCUGGUGGUGAGAGCGAAGAGGCAGAGUCCAACUCGGUGGAGUCCCUGGGCUUCUGUAAUGUGAUGCCGUUGGCUGCUGUGGGGUACCUGGAUGGCACGCUGGCUAUCUAUGAUCUCUCGACACAGAGCUUGAGGCAUAAGUGCCAACAUGAGUCGGGGAUUGUGCAGUUGCUGUGGGAGGAGAGCUCGGCCGUGGUGUACACCUGCAGCCUGGACGGGGCCGUGCGGCUCUGGGACGCGCGCUCAGGGAAGAUGAUCAGCGAGUACCGAGGGCACUCGGCCGAAAUCCUCGACUUUGCUGUCAACAAGGAUGCCUCCAUUGUGGUGACAACCUCUGGUGACCACCAAGCCAAAGUGUUCUGCGUGCAGCGUCCUGAUCGCUAGGAGCUGUGCUGAGGGAUGUGUCCUGGCUCUGCUGCCAGGGGCUUGUGUACAGAGGGAAGGAGGAGACGGGUUCCACCACCCUUCUCCAGCACAUGCUUUGUAAUUUUCCAGUCUGCCUCACUCUGCCCUCACCAUCUGGGGGCCAAGGCUGGGGUUUUGUAUGAAAGUGUCUUUUAAUUAUAUAAAUUAUUUCACUUA